CGAGAGAGGGUCGAGUACGACGGAUGUUGUUAACGGUAGUAUCAGUCGUAGAAAGAACGUUGUUAAAGUAAAAUGUGUGGAGUGAAACCAAGAAUAAAAAAAAAUUAAAUAAAAAAUUAAAAAAAAAUCAUUAAAAUAUGCUGUAAGUGUAUGCAAAUCAAAUAAAAAAAAUUUCAAAAAAUGUGUUAAUAAAUUGCCAGUGAGAACAAAUUCUUAUAAUUGCAUGCUGACUGACCGUUUGUUUGUUGUGAAAACUAAAAACCUGUUUUGGUCUGCGUUUUUGCUUCCUCCAGUGAGUCAAAAUUAAAAUCCUGGACUUAGAAUAAGGAAACAAAUUUGCAUUGUCGUUGACAAAAAUUUGUUCACCAGCACAGUCACGCACUGUCGGCCCUGCUGACUUCAGGGGUGGACCUUGUUCAAAUUAAAUAAGUUAAACCCAAUUUAGUAACAACACAGCAAUAUUUACAAUAGCAAUUAGUAGGACGAUUAUCACACGAGAACAAUGUAAAUGAACUCGGUCGCCAUCAACAAUAUUGGGGGGAGACAAUCACACAUAUACACGAAAGCCCUCAUUCAGACAGUCUGGAAGCCAGUGAGCAAGUAACAUUUUAAUUAGUUUUCUGUCAUAAUUGAAAAUUUGCGUUUAAUGUGCGCUGAUAGGCCGGCCCUGUAGUAUUCGAAUCAUCCAUCCAUCCAUCACAACGUUUGAGGCAUAAUCGCCCAGAGUAUCACAAUUUUCAACCCCAGCAAUAUUUAUAAAUGGGAUAACAUCUUCAUCUUCUUUUCCGAAGCAAAAAAAAGAAAAGCGGCAGAAAGAAGUCGUUUUAAUUGAAUCAACUUCAAAUUAGUAAAGUCAUCGGAGGCAUCAUCAUUGCCUUAUUGCAGCAUCUGUUGCUGCUGCAUUUGCCAACCAACCGAGCCGCUAGUCAUUCACAAUGCCCUCGCUGAGACAAAAGGUCACCACAUACUUCAGGCAAUUGAGUUUUAUAGCUGAGCCAAGAGAUGGACCGAAAAGUCCCAGAAAGACGGACGAUGAUGGCAAUUUCAUAAUUAAAUAUUUGGAAGGCCGCAUGGAUCGUCACUACACUCCGGGGCCUGAGAUAUACAAUGGUCAGAAUCCUACCGAUUUACCACAACUGAAAAUCGCAAGCUAUCCCACAGGGGCGAGUACCAUUACUGCAGCCUGCACGGGACCCGAUGAUGGCCUGACGGGCAUUAAACGUUCUAAAUUGCAUUUAAGUGCCAGUUACGCCGAUGAUAUAGACUUCAUUGAUACUAUACAGGAAACCGAUUGCUACGAGGUACGCAAAAGUAUUAACACCUCGACCACAAGUCGUGGCCACAGCAAUAAAAUCCAAAGAUUGGGUAGUAAUCGCCGCCUCAGCAAUAGCGGUGGCCCCACUUCCAGUUCUAAUGAUCAAAAUGCCAACAAAGGAAACAGUGCAGGUGGUGGUGGUGGCAUGAGAUCCCGUAAAAAUUCCAAAUCCAGCAUUUCAAAUUUGUCACAAAGUACCAAAGAUUCUUCAUCGGCAAGCAAGAGCACUAGUCAGCGAAACGAAGAGAAUUCUAACAAAUCCACCACUAUUGUGGUGAGUAUGGUGUCAUCUGCGGGCAAACCACCACCACCGUCAGCAACUACCACCGAUUUGAAAACCAAUGCUGCCAACGAUCAAAAUAAUAAAAAUCUUUUAAACACUAAUAAGACUGAGGACACAUCACUCCAACUUAAAAGCCAAGAAAAUGGCGAAAGUCUCAAAUCGGAAGCGAAUGGCACAAAAAUCUUAGAAGACACCACCGAACGUCUUCUGCGAGAAGCAGUAUCCAAUCAAUCCACCCCGCCUGUAGUGGAUCCAGAUGAUGUCAUUGCCGGUGUCAGCAAUUGGAAAAUGGAAAGUGAUUUGGCUUAUGGCAUUUCCGUAUCGCUGUAUGAGAACAACAUGCUAACCAAAGAACCCAUGGGUAAUCCCAUUGCCGACUGUUAUGGCAUGGUGGUGCGCGGAAAUGCUGCUGUCAUGGCUUUGGCGGAUGGUGUUAAUUGGGGCGAUGGUGCUCGUUUAGCAGCUCGUUCUGCUGUGCAUGGCUGUUUGGAUUAUUUGGAUCGUGCCAUUUUUGGUUUUUCCCAAGAGUGUACGGCCACCUCAACACAAGAGGUGUUCGUUAGUCUCCUGCGUAGUCUGUGGGAGGGUCAUGGCUGUAUUUUGGAAGUUGGCGGUGCUCUUAGUACACUCACAAUAGCUGUAGUUUUACCUUUAGCCAAAGAUGAGAAUGUUGCCAUAAAUGGGGAGGUAGCCGGCAACGAAAAGUAUGUUGUGUGUGCCUGCAAUGUGGGUGAUUCAUUGGGUUAUGUGUACUCAAAGAAGCAUGGUGUUCGGGAAUUUACUUUAGCAUCACAUGACAUUACAUCCAUGCGAGAUAUGCGCGACGCUUUGGGUGCACUCGGUCCAGCUGAUGGCAACAAACCGGAAUUGAGCAACCUUACAUUGUCUAUGACGAUUAUUGAUCAUGGUGACAUUGUAUUCCUCACCUCAGAUGGUAUUAGUGAUAACUUUGAUCCUGUCGUUGGCAAAUUCGCCGAGGCCUGGACGCCCGAUGUAAAACUCAUGCCCACAACACCAGCCACGCAUACAGGAGUGUUGGCACCCAAAAGACAAAAUAAAAGUGCUUCUGCGAUAUAUGCCCGUUUGCAUGGAUCCUCAAACCCCACAAGUCCUCAACCGCCUGUCCGUCCUCCACGCACUAAGAAAUCAUCAUCGCCAGAAUGUGCUUCUGGUUCAGCCAGCGCUCCUAGUCGUCCCAAAUAUAUGAGAUCUCAUACAGUCAUAGAACCGCGAAGACUAUCCUCGGCGGGGCUUAAUCCCACAGCCCGCCAAAGAGACUAUGAUUACAAGCCCAAAAUACCAAAAUCUUCUACUGGUCUGCCUCUAGUGACGGGUCCCCAGAGACAUGCUUUAACCUUGUACCGCUUGGAAGAUUUGCUCAGUUAUGGUAUAAAUGGAACAUUCUCCCCAUGUUCUUCGGCGCGACGCCUCUGUCACUUGCUCAUUGAUUUUGUACGCAUGAUCACCUCAGCCCGACGUAAAACUUUGGAACAGCGUGAGCUCUUCUACAAACUCUCCACAGGCCCCGAUGGAAUUAAGCGAGAAGUUGAAAUGAAUCGCAUGCAACAUAGGGCGGCGCGCAAACGCGUUAUUGAUAGUUCUGCCUUUUCGGCAUUACCUGGUAAAUUGGACCAUGCCACUGUGGUAGCCUACACAGUGGGCAGUGGUGUAUGUACGGCAUCGAAUGGCCAUAUUUCCUUAACAUCGGAUCGACAAAGGCCCAAUAACGAAAGCAAUGCUGCAAAUGCAGGUGCUGGACACUCACUGGGAAGUGCUCCCUUGCAAUCAAAGGAAUUUCAGGAAACUAAUUUUUAGAGCUAAGACCUAAGCAAGUUUCAAACUGCAACCUAUAACUGAUAUAUGGCAAAAGAAUUUAUCGAUUACAAAAUGUGUGCUUUAAAGAAUACUUUCUUAGUAACAAUGUCCAAAACUGAAGUUUAUGCAUACCCCUCCCAGUUUUUCUUUAGAAUAUAAGAGCCUCUUUUUCUAUCUUAUGGAAUUUGGCUAUCUAUGUGUAAUUAUCUACCAUCUAUCUAUACCCUAAUCUAGAUUUGUAAAGCUGCAAUUUAUAUGCCUCAUAGUUAUUCGUAUAUACAUAAAUGUAUUUUAUAUAUAAAGAUGUAAUAAUUCCAAAUAUUUUUCACCAAAAAUAUAUACAUAGCCCUCCUCAAAAAUUAAAACAAAAAAAUCAGAGAAAAUGGAUUUUUAAAAAAAUCGUACUGCCUGAAAACUUUACUAGAUUUUGAAAAAGGAAUUUUUUUAUGGAAUGUGAAACAUAAGCAAAUGUGCAUUGUGAACGUAAAAUGGCUACUAAGUAAGAAAUCAUAAAUAUUUUGAAUAAAAAUCAUUUCAUAAAUGCUUUAAAAAA